AUGACAACCUGGCAGAAUCCCGGUGGCGGUUAUCCAUAUCCCAAUCAACAAGGAUACCCAGGUUACCCACAAGGCGAUUCAGGUUAUCCAGGCGCAGGCUACCCAGGAGGCCCACCACCGGCCGGCUUCAAUCCACCACCUUACGGUAAUCAAGGAGGACCCGGUUUUAUACCACCAGCUGCUCCACCAUACGGACACGUACCACCUCAGCAAGGCAUGUACGGCGCAAGUUACUCGGAGGACCCCAUGAACGAUGAGGCCAAGGGGUUCCAAUUUAAUGACACCACCAUUCGGCAGGCCUUCAUCAAGAAAGUCUACAGUAUCCUGAUGGUCCAACUUCUCAUCACCUUUGGCUUCGUCACCUUAUUCUCGCUACAUGAUCCCGCCAAACUAUUCGCUCGCAAUCAUAUUGGGCUCAUGUACGUUGCUUUGAUCGUAACAUUUGUGCUGAUCAUUGCAAUGGCUUGCUGUACCAGCGUCAGGCGUCAGGCACCAAUGAACUUCGUUUUCCUCUUUAUAUUUACCCUCGCCGAGGCUACACUGUUAGGUUUCGUUUCAAGUGUACACGAUGAAAAAUAUGUGAUGCUUGCUGUGGGUAUAACCGUAGUUAUCUGUUUUGCGCUGACUCUAUUUGCAUUCCAAACGAAAAUAGAUUUCACCGGCAUGGGAACUUACCUAUUCGUAGCAGCGAUCGUUCUCAUGAUUUUCGGUUUCGUCGCAAUAUUCUGGCAUGGUAAAAUCGUAACUCUGGUCUACAGUUCAUUCGGAGCUCUUCUCUUCUCAUUCUAUCUGGUUUACGAUACGCAACUGAUGAUUGGUGGCAAGCACAAAUAUGCAUUGUCACCUGAGGAAUACAUUUUCGCCUCACUGAAUUUGUACCUGGACAUCGUCAACAUCUUUUUGUACAUUUUAAGCAUCAUCAGCGCGUCGAAUCGAGAUUAG